GUUCGCAAUUUUGUUUCAGUGUGACUCAUGUCCAGAUGUCAAUGGCAUAAAACGACGAUUGUGUGCGAUACUCGUUGCGUGAAUUUCAAAUGAGACCAUGACGGAACGAAAAAUAACGUAACAAUAAACUUAUGUCGAGUCUUCGCUCGUCGAGUACAUUUCAAUUUUACGGGACACGAACAUCGCACAAAAUAGUGGAAACUAGUUUGACAGCCGGGACAGGUACUUAACGGUUCACAAGACACGAUCUGUUUUUCAAAUAAAGAAGCUCGACAUACACCAGUCACAAUUAAGCAUACAGAUCCACGAUCCAGGCAUAAUAGACGUUCAUUGUCAUAGAUUAAUGAGGAUUGUGCGACGGUUAAAAGCUUGGUGCGACUUGUAAGACAUCUUUCACGGCCACGUGAGGACUCGAACGCUCAAGAUAAACAGAACGAAUUUGCCAUAAGACUUACAGUAGGGUCCGAUCACUUAGCAGAACGUGGCACUCGUUGCACCCGCGGAACUCGUCACAUCACAGUCUCCCUGGAUCGCACAACCAGAGACAAAGGCUUCCACUUGCGAAACGCACCGACAAGUCCGACCAAACACGCAGCCGGCGCAGAGCACGAGGAGAGGAGCGUCAACCUGGAUCGGCGGUACACACCUGGAUGACACCUGGAGAACUCGUUCCGCUCUCCGGCCCCGGCGCUCUUUUGUGUGUUCGGGCGGCUCGAAAGAAGGUGGUGGAGGAGAAGAAGAAGGCGUCCAAUGGCGUGACGGAGACGAAGAAACGGCCCAUUCCCUACGCCUGUGUGUCUCGUCGGCUUCAUGCCGCACGUGUGUACGUGAGAAGCCGGCGCCAUUGUGUGCGCGCGGCUACAAAACCAACCGUGCACCGGCAGCCUGCAACUUUAUUAUAGGACCCCGUCUCGUUUUCCGAGAAUUUCGAAAUCCCCAGGAUCAUCGCUACGGUUACCAUUGUUCCCGGGCGAACACGCGCCAGAGAAGAUGGCGUUGGUCGGUUUCGACGGUUUUUGAAACUACGAUGAAACAGACCUCUGUCGAAACGGACGGAUUUUUGCUUGUUUCGUGGAACCGAAAUUAGGUUGCCUGUCACUGAAGCAAGGUUCUUCGCUGGUUAUUCGAAGUGUCCUACUUCAUUCAGGUUAUAUGAGUAAAAUGUUGCAGCAUUGCGUGGAGUGUAAUCACAAGAUUAUUCGCCCCUUAGAUAGACAAUCAGUUUUUACUGGCAGUCCUAAAUACAUCUAGAACACACAGAAACUAUAAGAUUCGAGAACCGAAGGAGCUUUAAAAAAUUAUUCAAGCAGGCGUUCGUACGCGAGCCACGUUCAACGUUGCGCAUGUGGGUGAUUAUGUUUAUUGGUUCCCGCGACGGCAGGCAAUUUGUCAGAAACGUUUCGAAACCUUGAGCCCCGGUAGCUCGGCGUUGCUACACGGUUAAACACUACGUUCUUUAAUUUAGAAGAGACUGAGAGAGCUGCGCUUGAUCUGUGGAAUACCGCGAGCGUUGAGGGAGUGAUUUUUUGUAAUUGGUUUAAAUUGCCCGACUCGCGAACUUCGUUUGAAUCGCAGAUCGAUAUCUAACGCACAAAGGAAGCGUUUUACAGGGCAAUCUGGAUAAAUGGAAAGGCGUGCGCGCAUUUCCUUUCGUCGAAUAAAACGUUUCUCCCUAACGAUCUCGGCGCACUUCCUGCAUAAUUGACUACGCUCGAUUUUGCUUCGCUUCCGCAUAAUUCGGCGAGUCGUGCUCUGGAUUAUCGACAGAGAAUCGAUCCGCGGUAUACUAGGAAAACAAUUGUCACAGAGCUGUCAUUCGGUUGAUCAGGAAAAGAACGGCGCUGAAAAGUUCGAGGAACUGCUGACGCGGUCUGAUACUCCCGGUAAUCGACCGGAAAACUCUAACUUCACAUUAGGAAGCCGCUGUGUGCACCGUCCUUAUAUACCAUAAUUUACUUAUACACGACUUCAUGAGGGGUACACCUAUCCACUAUAGAUCUAAGCGAUCCCUGCGCCGCGAUUAAUCCAUGUCUGCAUGACGCCGCAAAUGUCAGAUCAUUCCAGAAGCGGCUGCCUUCUAGGACUGUUUCGAAUUGAGGAAACGAACGUCUCUUUGAUGCUUUAAUUUUUAAUAUGUGUACAAGAGCCUCGGAAUUUUGUGAAACUGAUAGUUGUUUCACGGACUCUGAGGACUGAGGACCAAUGUAUGGGGAUCAAGAAUUUGGACCGAGGCAGAUUUUCAUUACAGAUGCCUUCCUCCAGCAUCAUUUAUUUAUAAGAGGACGUGACUCGAGACACUAAUUUUUAACGUAUAAAAGUCUCAAAAUGAUCAAUAUCUGACGCUUCCUUUAAGGACUCUCAGAAGCGAAGAUCGAUCUAUGGGGGCCGUGGUUUAAGCCAGAUCUAACCGAGGCAAAUCUUCAUUACGUCACGGUUACCUUCCUCGAGCAUCAUUUAUUUAUGAAAAAUACACGACUUGCAACACGACCCCCGGCGCUAAACCGGUAUUAAGGCUGCAUGGACAGGCUGCAUCGUCUGCACACGGCUUAAUGUCAGCCAAGCGAGUUGGCACGAAAUGCGAUAAAUGCCACUUUCGCCCUGGAAUAACCCGAGGUGUCCCUCCGCGACAGCGAUAAUAAUUUGUAUCACCGAAUGACAUUUUUACCAUUAGGAUCUUAAUCAAUAGGAAUGAUGCGCCGGCGACAUUGUUAGAAAUGACUCCCGUUAUCUUCCACGUUGUCCGCAAAUAAUGCAACGACGUCGUGGUCGAUGAAAUAGGCGUGUUUAAUUUACGAGGGCAAUAUAAAUAACGGAACACUCUAAUUCCGUAGACAUAUCGGAUUCGUAACGGCAAGAACUGAUUAGCAAAAAGAGGGUGAGCCGAUCUGACGGGGGUGAGGAUUUAUUCCUUGAGCGCUGUUCCCCUUGAUCUUAUGAAAUUGCCCGAAGGCUGCACGAAGCAAAAAGGACUUGUUAAUCUUGCGGAAAAGCAACGACAAGUAAUGGCCACGCGCUAUUAAUUUCAUAAUGAACAGUUUGUUUUCGAACACAGCGUCCCAUUUGGAAGAUAAUUUGUAGGACGUUUCCAUUGCAACGCGCGAGAGUAAAGGUGACGGUGAUCAUUAUUCCACUCUAUUCUACCUUGUGUGUCGUACGAUAAAUACCGCUACCGUACUUUCGUAACCGUUAGUCAGACAACGCUCAAGCAACGACUACCGAUCAUAGAACGCCAUAAUUGAGUCCUCGUUCCAUGAUCGGGCCACGUGGGGUCAAAAUCUCGUGGAUACCUGAUUUGUUAACAACUUCCUCUACCGUGACGCGGGUCAAUAAGCAAGCAGAGAAUUUAGAGAAAGAAUGAUGCAGGAGUCUUGCGUUUCAAACGUGUGUUUGGAUUAGUUCGUUGCAAUCGAAGCAAAUAAAGGGAAAUGAAUAGCAAGACAAGAAACCAUAAUAUUUGGGAAAGCAAAUUUAUUUUUGGUUUGAACAGGAUCAUUGGCACGUGCAUCUCUCUGAAGACCAUUGUUCGAUCAAACGAAACAGAGGCAUUUAACGUCUUGGGUGGAAACUCCUGAAACAAUAAUUUGUUUGAGGGAUCCCUGCAGUGAAGUCAUCAUGAAGUGAAACGCUCGUCCUCCGGAUGACAGUGGGCUGCAUCAGCUCGACGAGGUCUGCGAGCAAAAAUCGAAUUGCACGGACGAGAAUAGACUCCGCUGCGCCGGCACAAAAAUACUGACGGGUAUAACGUUUGCGAGUAGGGUUGCUCUGCCGGGGCGUGGAAUUUUUCGCGCGAGCGCAUUUUCCUCGGCGUUGCGUCCGCAAACGGAAAACGAGCCGCAAUAAAGUUUACAGCGCCGACUACCGUGUAUUUAUAGCUGGUCAUUUCCGUGGGGAUCCUCCCGUAAUUUUCGCUCGGCACGGCUCCGGACACGACUCUUGCUCGCAUCCUCUUUCUCUCCGAGAGGGAACCCGUUCCGCUCGAGCGGAUGAAGAACGAUCGGCUAAUUGGAAAUCAAUCACUGAACCCUGCUCUCGCAUUUUUCGUCCGGCAAACCGCCUGGAUAAUAUUCUUGCCCCCCUCCCCCUUUCGUGCUCCACGAUCGGGAAAGCGUUUUCAAGGCCACGGCCGAAUAUGAAUCUUUCAGCAAUCGAGGCCUUGUUAAUAAUGAAACUUCUCGUGACGUUUUGAAUUCACGAGCGCAUCUCUGAUCGUGCCUGCCUGCCGAUCAAAGAUUCGGUAACGUGUAAAAUAUAUUCGUUGUUCGUUUGUUAAUUUGAACUCUAUGAUCUAGUCAUAGCUAGUCGUAGCUGACUUUUAAUAAGGACACGAAUAGGUCUAGCCAUGGUUAGAAUGUGAAUAAAUUUAGCCACAGCUGACUUUUAAUGAGAAUAAGAAAAGAUAUAAUCAUAGGUCGCCAUGAAAGCGUCCUACGUCUGGCAAUCCCUAAUCGAGCAACGAAUAAAACAUCAGCCCUUACUCAAAUAAAUUAUAGUUUGACAAGCAAAUGCCUAACACUGUCACGGUUCCAGGUGGAGGCAAAUGGGUUCCCGAUUGAUCAAUUACGGCCGAUCGUACACCCGACUACGACAUGUCAAGUUCAUAGUCUAACGCAGGCCCGAUCCACGUGGGUGACAGUCGAUGCGGGGGUGGAUAGCCCAGGAAACGGCGCGAACAACUACAUACGAUGUUGGACACCGUUUCGAUCGACGGCGAACGCCGACUGUAGGAAAAACCACCACCCUCGAAUCCGCCACCCUGAAGUGUCAGUAGUGUGCCGUCUGUUGUUGCUAUUGCACGAGUUUCCGCUAUACGAUCGGGCAAACAUCGUCGAUCGAGGAGAAUUGAUACGACAGAAGCGCAAAGAAAAAAAAGAACAGAUAGUUGCCGAAGGUGAUGGGAUACUUUUCGAACGAUCCAUGAGAUUUCGAAUGUGGACGAAUGGUGCUUGUGAAAAAUCCGUCGCCCACCCGAGGUGAGAAUCCCCAAAAAGACAAUGCGAAGAAGGAUAAGAAAAGGGGUCGCGUCUCGCGCGGCAAUAGUCCCUCGGAUAGCAUCGCCUCCAGAGGGAAUAGUCCUGGAAAAAGCGGGUCAAAUGUCAAGAGGGUCGUCAGGAGCAGCCUGUUACAAUCCAGGGGAAGCGAAACCGGCAGCAUCGAGAGGCUCGUGGACGGUGACAAGAGGGUGAUAGCCACGAAACACUUGCUUCCAGAGAAUAAUAUAAAUGUCGUCGUCAGGGUACGCCCGCUUAGCAAUAGGGAAAUCAAGAAGGGCGAUCGUAUGGCGGUGCAGUUUCCCGGGGAUGGACAGAUUUACUGCGAAGGAUCGCCGAACAGCGGGGACAAGAAGGGUAAACUAUUUUCGUACAACGUUGUCUUCGAGCCCACGGCUUCUCAAGAGGACAUCCUGCAGUUCUCCGGUAUCAAGAAGCUCAUCGAAAUGGCGGUGGAAGGGUUCAGCUGCACCGCGUUUUGCUACGGGCAGACAGGAAGUGGGAAAACUCACACCCUCACGGGACCUCCGGGGAUGUUUGACAGGAUCAAUUCUUACUCGGAGGAAAACGGCCUGGUCUUCCGGUCUUUCGUCUACCUAUUCAAGCUCCUACAGGAGCGGGAACAGUGCAACUUCGUUCUGAGAGCCUCCUUCCUAGAGAUCUACAAUGAGAAGGUGAUAGAUCUGCUGAAUCCUGGAACGUCGAGGAAACCUCUGAUGGUCCGAUGGAGCAAGAAGACACGGGGUUUCUUCGUCGAGAAUCUUUUCACCGUCGAGUGCGAGGAGCUUGAUGACCUUCUCGCGGUCCUCGAAGAAGGUAUGAGGAACAGAUCUGUCGGCGCGCACAACAUGAACGAUCACUCCAGCAGGAGCCACAGCAUCCUUACCAUAAGUAUUACGUCUGAGCAACAGAUGGACAACAGCGUGUUCAUCUCGAAGCAAGGAAAGAUCAAUUUCGUCGACCUGGCCGGCAGCGAGAUGACGAAGAAGACGCAGAGCGAGGGCAAGACCCUGGAGGAAGCGAACAACAUCAACAAGAGCCUGAUGGUUCUAGGCUACUGCAUAUCCUCGUUGAGCGAUGGGAAACGCAAAGGCGGUCACAUUCCUUAUCGGGACAGCAAGCUGACCAAACUCCUCGCCGACAGUUUAGCAGGCAACGGCGUCACACUGAUGAUUGCCUGUGUUUCGCCAGCUCGCUCCAACGCCAGUGAGACCUUGAAUACCCUGAGGUACGCAGCGAGGGUCAAGAAGAUUCGGACGAAGCCGAUCGUGGUGAUGGACCCCCGGGAAGCUUUGAUUUUGAGCUUGAAACGCGAAGUGGGAGCUUUGCAGACGGAGAACGAGCACCUCCGGGCAGCCCUUCAUCUUAGCAGUGAUAACCAGAAUAUAGUGCGAAGCGAAUCAAAGGCGGAACGUAAGAUCCCCUUGACUCCUCCAGUCGUCGACUUGGAUAAGCUGUCUGAAAUGGAGCGACCAGAAUUGAGUCAGUUGAUUCAUGCGUACAUCACGGAGAAUGAGGCUCUGCGCCGAGAAAACGCCGAAUUGUAUGCAACCAGAGAACAGGUGAUCCGAGAUCAAGAGCUGGUCUGCAGGGAGAACGAACGGCUCCUAAAGAAACUCGAAGACGUGAACUCGAUUUAUUACUGCAGAGUAUGCUGCCGGUCACCAAUCAUACCUGCCAGGCCCACCUACUCUGCAGAGGUACUGAACGAUAGCAACAAUGAGGACGCACCUGGCGCGACCAACGUUUGGACCAACCCGAAUGUUGAUCCCACUCCUCUUUCCUCUGAUAUGAUCAGGCAUGGAAUGUACAAAUCCACGAGUAAUAUGCCAGAGAAGAUUCAAAAGGAACUGGACAAACGAAGGAUCGUAGGGAGCCAUAAUAACAUAGCCGAAACGUACAAAGAUAAGAGCCAACACCGUCGUCACAACUCGUGGGACAAUGGAAACGGUGUCAUUAGAAUGAGCCCAGAUCAAGUUAUGUCACCUAUACACAUUCAUCAGCACAAGAAAGCGAGCGUUCGUCGCACAUCGACAGUCCCUGAAGAGAGGAGGCUCUCGGAGACGACUGACGUUCUAGGCGAACCAGUCCAGCCUACCGAGCACUUCAAUGAGUCUCCGGAUUCGAUUCUCAGCGGCCCCUUAGAAAUGGUGAACAGCGCUCCAGACACGGCGGAGUCAGAGGCCCCUACGGCACCUUUUCCAGCUGUGUCGGACACAUACUCGCCAUUCGAGACGCUGGAACCUGAUGAGACGAUCGACCCAACAAAGUCGACACAUGCCAAGGAGGAUGAAACCUCGCGAAGGGCGUUUGGCAGUCCGAUCCCCAACGACGAAGAUAAACCCCUUUGAACGUAACCCGAAAACCAGUAGGGUAGUCAACCAUACUUUUUACCAUGUAUUGAUCUGAACCGGGUCAACAAGCUGGAGAAUCUAACAAGAGAAUGAAAUAAAAUAGGAAGGGAAUUUACAGGAAUAUCAUAGCGCAACUGAUCGGUCGAGAUCGUUUAUACUUCUUAGAAGAUUACGAAUGACCUUCAGGAUCAACUGAUACUGUUGCAACUUUCUAUAGGUCACUGUAUAAGUUUUGCCCGAUGAUUUUUUUACAAAAUAGCGAUAUCUCGUGUUAUCUUUGAACGGUCUCUGCUUUUUUAUUUUCCUAAAUAAAACGAGCUACACUUUCAAAACAUCAAGGUCAAAUUUUUCGUUCGUCGCAACGGACAGAACUUUCGCGGUGACGUGAAAGAAGCAAAUCGAACAAAUAGGAUAUACAUAUAUAUAUGUAUGUAUAUGUAUAUACAUAUGUAUUUGUUUUUAUCAAAGCAACACAACGAUAUUGUGUUUUCGAAACAGGGGAGAUGCGUAGCGCGUAGUAGAGGAUUUAUUUCCACGUAGACAGCAUAACUGUGUGUGAGACUUAGGCGUGAAUUCCAAUGGUCAUGGUCACGCAUCAAAUACUACCUCCAAAUACGUUCCGGGUCGUUCGGAUCAGGAACGGAGUGGACCAACUUCUGUGCAAUAAAAUAAAGUAUAUUUGGUUGUUUUA